ACAAAACAAAACGUACGGUCAUCUUCUUAGUUUAAUAAGCAGAGCUUGGAAUUGUUCAAGCUAAAUAAAAAAAAAAAAAAAAAAAGGCAAAGCUUGGAAUUGGACCGUAGAUUAGAAGCACGAACAGAGUUCCUGAGAUUUUCCCGAAUGCCAACAAAGUUGUGGAACAAUUUCGAAUCUACGACCGCUCUUUGAGAUUUUAGACACAAGCCAAAUAAAAAGCUCUCAAAGAUUCAAAUCACUGCCUCACUCUUUCUCGUCUUCCUCAAGGGCCAUGUCCAAACCGAACUUCCAGGAUAACUUAGUUAGCUUGGAGGAUAAAAUCAGGCAGCAUGAAGAUAACCUUAAAUUUCUUACAAACCAGACAAACCAGUUGGAUGAAUCUAUACUUGAUCUACAAGUGAGUCUAGUAAAAUAUCAUUCAACAAAUGAAGCUGGAACAGAAAAUAAAAAUGGUGCCUCUCACAACGAGGAGGAAACAAUGGAACAGAUAUUGCGGCAAGAAAAAAGUGCAGCUGGCAUAUUGUGCCAAUUGAAUUCUCAGCAUGCGUCUCAGGCAUUGAAUUCAGCAUUUUCCAAGGAUGUGCUGGGUAUUGUUGCUAAUCUUGCCCGAGUUGAUGAUGAUAAUCUUAGCCGACUUUUGUCAGAGUACUUGGGAUUGGAAACCAUGCUAGCAAUUGUCUGCAGAACGUAUGAAGGUGUUAAGGCUCUUGAGAAGUAUGAUGGUGAGGGCACUAUAAAUAGCAGCUCUGGUCUACAUGGGCUUGGAUCUUCUAUAGGGAAGAAAAUAAAAGGCCGCUUUGUUGUCAUAUGUCUAGAAGAUCUGAGACAUUAUGUUGGUGGUUUUAUAGCUGAUGAUCCACAAAAGAAGCUUGCUCUCCCGAAGCCAAGAUUACCAAACGGGGAAUGCCCAGAUGGCUUUGUUGAUUAUGCAGUGAACAUAAUCAGUUUGGAGAGCAGAAACCUAACUUGUCUCACUGGCACAGGGCAUGGUCUGAGGGAGACACUGUUCUAUAACCUCUUUUCUCGCCUGCAGAUAUACAAAACCAGGACCGAGAUGCUAGUUGCCCUCCCAUGUAUCCAUGAUGGAGCCCUCUCUUUAGAUGGUGGGAUGAUUAAAAAGUCUGGUAUAUUCGCACUGGGAAGCAGGAAAGAUAUGGAGGUAAAAUUCCCAGUGAUCACUGGAGAAUCUGAUGUACCAGCAAGCUACAUCAAAACUGAGAAUACAAUAAGGAUGCUGAAAUGGGAGCGAACUUGUAUCGCUGGGGAUAUCAGAAGAGAAGAAGAACUGAUAAAGCAAGUUAAAGCAAACUUCCAAGGACAGACAUGAUUUAUUAUUUUAUCGUAGCAGGUGCUGCCUCAUGGAUAACAUAUAAAACUCAUGCUGUCCUAUGAAAUCAAAGUUAUCAUUCAUUUUUGUAUUAGAAUGAAUGUUACCAUGUUUGUAUGUUUACGUUUGUGUUAAAGAUCUCCACAGUACAAAUACAUUCCUAGUUAAAAUUUUGAGUUA